AUGAGCGCUGAGGUUCUGGAGGAAAAACUUGAACGAGCGAAACUUCAAGCGCCAAGUAUCGAAUCGGAAGGUGCUAUUACCGAAGUCGGAGACAUUGCCUUGGAAGAUGAUGCGUAUGCAGAUACAGAUGAACCCAGUAGACCGUUUGAGGAGCUUCAAUCUUCACCUGUAUCGGAGGUAGCAUUUGAAAAGGCGCUGUCCUAUGUACAUCGCAAUUACUUCGCAAACAUAAUGGGGACAACCCCAGAGAACAUCUCUCUGGAGUCGUACCUAAAGUGGGCUGUAGAGCUCGGUAUAACGUUUGAAAGUGACGCUUUGUCCAAAUUAGCACCAGGCGCCCAGGGAGACGUACAACCGAUCAUUGGAAGCUCUUUGAAACAGGCAGAAGAUCGCCGCAAGUGGCGCACCGAACCAAUGCCUGCUCCAGAACUAGCUCUCGGUGCUUCUGUGCGACAUGGCACAGCCGAGCAGUGGAGGCACGCCAGCAAGAGGUUUUCCUCGAAGCACAUGACCCGCCUGUCUCUUCUUCAGCCAGGCAGUGUCUUAGAUUGGAUGACAUAUGUGACUGCAACCAGCAGUGUUGCCGACAAUGAAGUUGCUUUCCUGCAGGAGAACAACCCUGUGGUGUCUAUCGCCCCUAUUCCGCUACUCUAUCUAGCCGACUUGAUGUCUGACUUCGCACUUAAAGUUCUGAGUGUUGCAGCAUCAAUAGCCAUCGAAGAGCAGAGAGAUUCCAGCGACGUUAAUGUUCCGGAAAUAUCUCGCGAUGAAAUUGCAGCAGCUGCAGUUAUAAUUACCGAGAAAUUCUUCAAGAACAAGAGGGGCUGUUACGUUUUUACAGAGCUUUCUAUUGAUGAGACGGGACUUGCUAUACCUCCUCCAUGGCCUAUGCUUGUCAAACGACCCAUGACAGUGUCUGAGGAAGUUGUGUUGUGUUCUGAAGUCCCGAUAAAUUCCUUCCGUGUCCCGCUCAACGCCACGAACGAAGCGAGGAGUACUCUUGAUUCGCUCAGAAAAAUAUCUCGUCACUUUUUAUACGCUGGGUGCAAGAGGUUUGGAAACAUAGAUCCCUUUGGACAAAGAAAACGAAAUCACCCGCAAGUAGGCCACGGAAAGAGGGAUCCGAAUGUAGCUGUUGUGCAGAAAGGCGAACCUGUGCUUCAUGGUCAGUCCGAAAGCGUUCAAGGUGCUACUUGCAAACCUGUGACAUCGAACUUAACACAUGAUCGUUCUACUGCUGAACCUUCAAAUAUAUCCCUGAAAUUUUCAUCGAGCGGAGCUCAUAGCCCAAAAACCGAAGCACUUGCAAUCGAAAUGAAUAAGAGAGAGGAAUGUAUAUUCGAUCUAUCUGGACAAGACUUCGAUCCGACGGAAAACACAGCAAAUUUUCUGGUGAAAAACAUCGGUCGUGGAGUAUGGUCUAAUCGGUUGAAAUCUCGUUUAGAAACGCCGCGAGAGGAUAGGCAGGCUGCAAAAGCUCUGCAAGGCAAACCUCUGCUAGAGGUGUUGAAGCGAAUCAAGACCUUCAGGCAUUUACCAAGCUCGACCGUUUCGUUGCAUCGACUAGCAUGGAUUUGUCUGCAUGCACUAGGGCAAGAUACUGGAGAAGAAGACGGGAAAUUGAUGAGUUUCGGGAGUAGAGCUAAUUACACUAAUUUUGGAGAGUUUGGUACGCCUGAAAAAGUAACGCUGAGUCUACAGGGUCUCAGCACUUUGGCCGGAUUUGCUGAUCAGAUAGUCAGGGAAGAAGCUGAAAUUCUUAUGGCAUGUGCAGCUCAUGAUGAUGGGCGGCCGUGGAUUGAUAGGGCUGACGUUAUCGUGAUAAGUAGUGUUCGCAAAGAGCCCUAUCUUUAUGCCGGCCUUGAGGGACCGUCUACGCUCACAUGA